AUGUCUCAUCUCUUCUCCACCAAACUGUCGGCCAUAUCUCUGCUGGCAACCUCUGCUACGGUUUCCCCUCUCAUCAACCUUCAACAGAGCCUUCAAUCACUCAAUCGCUCUUUCACUGUCAAACUGCAAUCUUGGGAUAAUUACACUGCUUGGUGGCUGCAAUUGAAACCUAUGUUGACCAUAUUUAAAAUUGCUGGAAUUGUUUACGGUUCCAAGCCCCCUCCGGUAAGGUUUCUUUCUUCCACCAGUGAUGCAUCGCCCGAGCCCAACCCUGCAUUGGAUGUUUGGCAGCAGAAGGAUCAAAUGGUCUUGUCCCAAAUCUUGUCGUCGGUUGCAAAGGACAUUUUUCCUAUACUUCAGGGUGCUAAUGCGGUUGCGACUGCUUUGAAUGCUUUGCUGCAAGGUUAUGGCACCCUCUCUUAUGUGCAACAAACUCAGUUGGUGAUGGAGCUUGAUAAUCUGCAGAAAGGAGAUCUAUGUGUGUCCUCUCACCUUCACAAAGCUAAAGUAUUGCUGACUCUCUUCAGCUUGUUGGUCAUCAAAAUUCCUUGGCGGAAUUCAAUGCCUCUAUUUUUAAGAAGCAUGGGGAUAAGUUCAAUAGAACAGCCCAAUAUCCAGCUUUCUGCAUUACUCGUUCAAUCUCCGCCGCUUGUUUUGGAGCCUCAGGCGUCGUGUAGUGGUCGCUCCCAGCGUGGUGGCCGGCGUUCUCAAUUCACUGGUCAUGGAGGAGGUCAGUGUUGUUACUCAUCUCUGACACUGGUGGAGGACGAACAAAUAGAGGUCAUGAAUCCUAGUGGAGGAUCAAAUGAUGUCGUCUUGAAGAAUAAUCUUUAA